CUGCAGGAGUUCGAAGGGCCAAGAGUCCCAGCGCAGCCAGAGCUUUCCCCAUGGUUUCGGUGACCAGAUCCGUGUUUGGAGAGCUGCCCUCGGGGGCAGGGACAGUGGAGAAGUUCCGGCUGCAGUCAGACCUGCUGGGAGUGGACAUCCUCUCCUGGGGUUGCACCAUCUCGGCCCUGGAGGUCAAAGACAGGCAGGGCAGAGCCUCAGAUGUAGUGCUGGGCUUUGCCGAGUUGGAAGGGUACCUCCAAAAGCAGCCCUACUUCGGAGCCGUGGUGGGCAGAGUGGCCAAUCGAAUUGCCAAAGGAACAUUCACAUUGGACGGGAAGGAGUAUAAGCUGGCCAUCAACAAUGGGCCCAACAGUCUGCAUGGAGGAGUCAGAGGGUUUGAUAAGGUCCUCUGGACCCCUCAGGUGCUGUCGAAUGGCGUCCAGUUCUCCCGGGUCAGUCCGGAUGGUGAGGAAGGUUACCCCGGGGAGUUAAAAGUCUGGGUAACAUACACGCUGGAUGGUGGGGAGCUCGUGAUCAACUAUCGCGCGCAGGCCAGUCAGACCACGCCCGUCAACCUGACCAACCAUUCUUACUUCAACCUGGCAGGCCAGGGUUCCCCAAAUAUAUACGACCAUGAAGUCACUAUAGAAGCUGAUGCCUUUUUGCCUGUGGACGAAACCCUGAUUCCUACAGGAGAAGUUGCCCCCGUGCAAGGAACCGCAUUUGACCUGAGGAAGCCAGUGGCGCUUGGGAAGCACCUGCAGGACUUCCACGUCGGUGGCUUUGACCACAAUUUCUGCCUGAAGGGCUCGAAGGAAAAGCACUUCUGUGCACGGGUCCAUCACGCUGGAAGCGGGCGGGUACUGGACGUGUACACCACCCAGCCCGGGGUCCAGUUUUACACGGGCAACUUCCUGGACGGCACACUGAAGGGCAAGAGUGGAGCAGUCUAUCCCAGGCACUCUGGUUUCUGCCUCGAGACCCAGAACUGGCCCGAUGCAGUCAAUCAGCCCCACUUCCCUCCUGUGCUGCUGAGGCCUGGUGAGGAGUACGACCACACCACUUGGUUCAAGUUCUCUGUGGCUUAGGAAGCGUGAAGACCUGACCUGCUCCAGGGCCAGGCUGGGAGCCCUUCAGCAGCCUGUCUCCUAUUCAGAGAUGAGAUGACGAUUAGAGGCUUUAAAAGUGAUCCCGUGAAUUAAAAUCAUACAAAUGGAAGCUGUCAUGACAGCCACUCUGAAUAUUGAUUGCCUUUCCAAUGACUGGCUCUAAUAAUCAGCUCUAUUCUCUGUGUGGUUAAGAGAACCCACGGCCAAACAUCAUCCAAGCCCUAACCCUAGCCCAGACCCCAUGCUGUGGGUUCGAUCUCUCCCCGCCGCCUUUCUUUUCUACUUUUCACCCCUCCUUUCUUUGAGGCCACACUCAUUCCUUUUCUUUUUCUUCCUCCUCUACCUCAAACCACCUUGCCCUUGACCAUCACUUUGGAGUUCUCAGAGGUCACAUUAGUUCAUUCAACAUGCUAGCAGGUGGACCUCUCUGCCCUGAGUAGAUGACUGACAAGUGAGGGAGCUGAGGCGUAAAGAAGCUAAAUGAACCACCUACAGGCCCACAGCCAGGAACAAUUUCAGCCAGGACUUGAGGUUUGUCAUGUGAAUUCAAGUCCCCUUUGCUCCUCUUCUAUCUGCCAGAGCAUUCCACUGCUCAUGGGCAAAGCGGGGUCUGACCCUUAUCUCUUAGAGCCAGCCUUUCUUCCCAGAUUCACUUUUCUAAAAAGCAUUAUUCUGAGUGACUAACUGUCUCUGAGCCUUAGAAGUGAUGUGACUUAAAGUACAGUAAAGAGCCCUAGCCAGUUUGGCUCAGUGGAUAGAGCGUCGGCCUGCGGACUCAAGGGUCCCGGGUUCGAUUCCGGUCAAGGGCAUGUGCCUUGGUUGCGGGCACAUCCCCAGUAGGGGGGUGUGCAGGAGGCAGCUGAAUCGAUGUUUCUCUCUCAUCGAUGUUUCUAACUCUCUAUUCCUCUCCCU